CCGGAAGUUAAAAAAAGAACACAACAAAGAUGGCGGCGUCCGGGGAGACAUCGUUGGAGAAUACACACGUGGGGAAAAAGAAAAGGCUUCCAAAGAGAUACUGGGAGGUCACAGACGAGGAAGGGAAGACCGAUGGAAAGAAACAGAAAGAAGAUCAUGUACAGACUCCAAAGCUGACUGAUCCAAAGAUUAAGCAAAAAAAUACAAGAGGACCACGAACAGGAGGAGGAAAUGUCAUAUCAGGGAAAUCAGAUCAAUUCCCAGGCUCUGCACCUAUCCCAAAUGAGAAGCUGAAAAAGUUCAAGAGAGGAGAGAAAGGAAAACUGCCCCCUCGGCCGCAUCACAAACUCAGAGAUGCGGUUGUUCGUUCAGAGGCUGCCACAGAAUUGGCCCAGAAGCAGAAUGCACGAUACGACCUCCUGCUCCCAGAGGAUGCUGGGUUCUUGGAAGGAGAUGAGGAUGAGGACACUUGCACCAUCUCACAGGAUGACAUUGCGGAUGCUGUGGACAUUACUUCCGGGGCAAAGUACUUCAACCUGGUCCUGUCUCAGUUUGGGCCCUACCGACUGGAUUACAGCAAGAAUGGACGCCACUUGCUGCUUGGCGGGAGGAGAGGCCAUGUCACCUGCCUGGACUGGCAGUCCAAACAGCUGAUGUGUGAGAUGAACGUGAUGGAGACUGUCAACGACGUCAAGUGGCUCCACACCGAAGCCAUGUUCGCGGUGGCUCAGAAGAAGUGGCUGUACAUCUACGACAACCGGGGCAUUGAGCUCCACUGCAUCCGGAAGUUCAACGAUGUUCUCCGCAUGCAGUUUCUCCCCUACCACUUCCUCCUGGCCACGGCGAGCGCCACAGGCUUCCUCCAGUACCUGGAUGUGUCGGUGGGUCAGGAGGUGGCGGCCGUCUGCACCAAGGCCGGCCGGCUGGACGUGAUGGCCCAGAACCCCCACAACGCCAUCAUCCACCUGGGCCACGCCAACGGCACCGUCACCCUCUGGUCACCCAACCAGAAGGAGCCCCUCGUCAAGAUGCUCUGCCACAGCGGAGGUGUGCGUUCCGUCGCCGUCGACAAGACUGGCACGUACAUGGUGACCUCAGGAAUGGACAAGAAACUCAAAGUGUAUGACAUCAGAUCCUACAAGCCCCUGCAGUCGUACUUCCUGCCGGCAGGAGCUUCCUGUCUCGCUCUGAGUCAGAGGGGCCUGCUGUCUGCCGCCACAGGGGACGUUGUUCAGGUGUACAGAGAUGUUUGGAGCUCCCCCGUGACCAAACCCUACAUGGCCCACAGGACGAAAGGCACUGUGUGGGGGGCGCACUUCUGCCCCUUCGAAGAUGUCCUGGGGGUGGGCCACGCAGAGGGCUUCACCAGCAUGAUUGUACCAGGUGCUGGUGAGCCCAACUUUGACGGUCUGGAUGCCAACCCGUACCGCAGCUCCAAGCAGAGGCAGGAGUGGGAGGUCAAGGCUCUGCUGGAUAAGAUCCAGCCAGAGCUCAUCUGUCUGGACCCUGGCCAGCUCAGCCAAGUGGACCACUCCACCUGGGAACAGAGGCACCAGGACAAGGUCCAAGCACUGGGCUUCGACCCCCUGGCCAAAGAGAAAUUCACACCAAGGUUAAAGACCAAAGGUCGGAGCUCGAGUGGGAAAGUCGAAAAGCGCAAGAAGCAAGUUGCACAUGAGGACCAGAGGGAUGUGAUCCGGCAAACAGUGGAAGACAGGAUGAAAAUAGAGAAAGAGAGAAAGGAGAAAGAGAACAAAGAGGCGGCUGUAGCUGGUCAGAAGUCUGCGCUGGACCGAUUCAGGAAGUAGGACAAAGAGGCCAGUGUGUUGGUUGAUGCCCAGCUGCCUUCUGUGGGACUGAACUUAGACCUUUCAGAAGGACAGUUCUCGGACAUGUUCCUCCAAAGCCUCCAUCUGCCACCACAGGCACAUGGAAGAGAGUGCAUACCAAAAUGUAUGCGAUGACUUGGAACAUUUUCAUAAUCGGUGCCCUGAACUCACGCUUGGUGGCAUUUGAGUUGUCAGUGCCCUCAUCUAAUCCAUUCAGUUGUAUGGAAUGUCACGCAAAUGACAGAUUUCUCAUUAAGUGUUAUGAUGGGUGUUUUCAACUCUGUUUAAUACUGCUACUUGUCCAAACGUGUUUAUAAUAAAGAUGUCAUUGGGAAA